CAAGCAAUCAUGCAUGCCGCCUCUGUGUUGUUAACUUAGUUAUGGCACCUUUACUGGGUCACAUCUCUGCCCCCUUUAAACACAAUAUUCAUAUCAUUGUGCGGUUGUUGCCGACUACGCAUUUUAAAUGCAUGGCCAGUCCACGAAGGCAACAAAACGAAACGAUCCGUCUCAAUGAUUGAUUGUUUGGGCUAGAAAUUGUAAAUCUGUGUAAGCGUUCACACCACUGUUAAUCCGCGAAUGCGCAGUAAACGCCUCUAUUGUCUCCCAGCAGCGGAGAGCGAGUGAGCGGCGCGCACCGACGGAUCUGCGCUUGCAGGGGAGCGGCACACAUUGACCCGAAUCUCCGGGCAGACGAAGGGAGGACAAGCGGACCCAGACGUGCACACUGGACGGACAUCAUGGCUGAUAUAUAUCGAGUCAUUGCUUUUUGAGCAAGAGAGAGAUAUUUAAAGUACUGCGGGUCUGUUGUUGCGCUCGUCUCGGGUGAUUUUGGGCAGCCCGUCCUGUCAGUUGGUUAAAAGGGAACGUGUUGCGUUUUUUGCUUGAUUGAAAUACGCGACAUCGUGCCUUUGGCUUUAUCAUCAUCAUCAUCUCUUGUGAGUCAAGGGGAUUGACACUUUAGGUCCAUGGUUCGGCCGAGAAAAUGGGCUGUUGCGUCUGCGAGACCCAGCUGUUGUAGUCAGACUUGACAACCUCGAAUUUUAGCGCUUGUUUUGGUCGCUUGCUUGAAGGAGGCUCGAAAAGCGCCGCAGACAAGCGCAUCCGUGACACCCUUCCCCGCGACACCCCCGCCCAUUUCGGAGGAUACUUUUUGAUGGGGGGCAAGCAGAGUACGGCGGGGCGUCCCCGGGGUGCUUUUCCCGGUGUAUCGACGGAUGAUAGUGCGGUGCCACCAUCGGCCCACUUCGGGCACUACCGGCCAGGUGGCACGAUGGGACUGCGUAGUCGCUCGGUGAGCUCUGUGGCUGGCAUGGGCAUAGAUCACAGCGCCACGGUGCCCUUCGGCUUUUACACCCCUAGGGGAACAGACUCGGACAGGGCUGGAGGGGGUUCUGGCUCGGAUUCGGCCCAUAACGGGAACGGGUUCCAGGAACCGGGCGGCGGGCACCACACAGACGGCAUGCUUUACCUGGGACCCCGCGCGUCGUUGGCGGACACGUUACCCCUGCACAUCGCGCCCCGGUGGUUUAGCGCGCACAGCGGAUUUAAGUGUCCUGUAUGCUCCAAAUCAGUGGCAUCCAAUGAGAUGGAAGUUCACUUCAUCAUGUGUCUGAGCAAGCCACGCCUCUCCUAUAACGACGAUGUAUUGUCAAGAGACGCCGGGGAGUGUGUAAUAUGUCUUGAGGAACUACAGCAAGGCGACACCAUUGCUAGACUGCCGUGCCUCUGUAUUUAUCACAAAAGCUGUAUAGACUCCUGGUUUGAGAUCAACCGCUCCUGCCCUGAACAUCCCUCAGACUGACUGUCAUCAUCUACUUAUGCUACCACUGAGAAAGGGCACUUUAUGGACCUAAUCCUGGAUAUCCUGACACCAAAAUAACCAAACGCAACAAUCUACAAACCAAUUUGAUCAAACCUACAGGAAGCGGAAACGUGUCGUCGCAAACUGAACCAAAAAGAAGAGUUCAUCCAGUCAACACUGUCAUUGCCACUCCCCAGAAACUCCUACCUGCUGUGUUAAGAGACUGCUUAAAUGCUAACAGGCCAACCAUGAUCACCAGAUCUUUGGUUUGUUGCCCCCUCUGUAUCAUCUGUGUUCUUCUAGACAUGCGUUUUCAGUCUGCAUUCAUGCUCAGACGAAUUUUUAAAUGGAAGGCGGGAGAGGGGCGGGGCAUAUAUGGGCGGGGCAUAGGCACAGGCAGCGUAACAAGUAGGAAGUAGCUGAUGCUUUGCGGCCGUUCCAGAGGCCAUAUUUGUCCUUUCCGUCAAAAUAUGCUGAUUAGAGGGGGCGUCGCUGGAGCUUCAAAUCGUCCAAUGAGGAGUUGUGGGUGUGGGGCGGGGUUUGAGGUGCUAACGUGUGUUCGAUCAGCGGGUUGUUGUUGGGCGGCCGGUGGAUGUAGAUUUACUUAUUCUGUGCAUGCAUGUGCGUGUGAUCAUGUGUACACAGAUAGGGAAAUGUAUAAAUUGUGUUUCAUGUUAGCGCCAAAAGGGUCGGGGGUUUUCGGCCAAAAAUGGAGAGAAAUAAGGUUUGUCUUUCAAAUGUUUACAGUUCACAGUAGGCGUCUUUCCCCCUUGGAUUCAAAUGAAAAUAGGCUAAAAGCUAUUUUCUUUGUUUUACUGCACUUUUUGGGCAGUUGACCGUAAUAUUCAGACAAUUUCCCUGUAAAAGCCUUUACAAGUAUGUGUUCAGUGUGUGUGUGUGUGUGUAUGUGUGUGUGUGAAAAGCUUCUGUCCUUCACGUUUCUGUAUGUGACCGACCAGCCGAUGGUCCGGUAAGGUAAUGUUGCUUCACUACUGUACAUAAAGCCCAGAUACACUGGUGUUGAAUCUAUUACGAGAUCAUUUGUGUGAUCUGCGUGUACUUUUUAUUUUUGAAAACCCGUGGGAGACCUCACAAGAAAACUAUUUAAUCUUCAGGAUGCCUCUCUGUCUACUGUAUAAACAGCAAUCACUGUUAGAAAAUAAUGUUGGCGAAAUUGUAAAAAGGUAGAAAAAUAACCGCGAGGAAAAAUUUCGACAACCUAUUCAUUUUGUGUGAAAUAGAAAUAGCGUUUUGAACGUUUUUCUGCUUUGUGCCUGUAAACGAGGGCGUAUGCACACGCCAUCCAUCAAAACAAUGGAUAAUUUCACCUCUGUGUGCAAAGCAAAUCAAACGAAUACUGAAAUGGAGUUGGAUAGUGUUGCACUAUGCGGUAAGGCAUUGUCAAAAAAUUGUUUUAUUUUUUCAUUCAUUCAUUUUCACAUUUUUGUAUGCUUUUUCUCAGAGGACAUGAACGGAUGACUGUUUUUAGGAGGUACAAACUCAUUGUAUAAUGGUUUUGAUGUGCAAUCUGUGGGGCGAGUAAUAAUGACAAUGAUAAUACAUAUAAUUAAAACAAGAUGAAAAAAUC